CAGCGAUUUUCAUUUUAGAAACGGUAUUUAAAAAGUUAAUAUUUGUACGUCAUCAAAAAUGGGAACAGAAGUAUCCAAAGAAGGAAGUGAUGAAGUCAGGGUCGACCCCAAAAGUGAAUAUAUUGAUGAGGUCCUGCAACGGGAGGUCAGUGACAGCGAAGAUGAGACCGAUGGACUCGAUGAAAUUGACGGAGAAUUAAGUGAUUUCGACAAGCUUGCACAAACCAUCGACCCCAAAGAAUACCUCGAUCAGUAUCCUUUUGAAAAUCUCAUCUUCGAGGGAGGUGGAGCAAAAGGAAUUGCAUAUCCUGGUGCAUUGAAGGCAUUAGAGGAAGUUGGCAUUAUGAAAAAGAUAAUAAGAUUUGCCGGUACGAGUGUUGGCUCCAUAACGGCAACAAUGGCUGCGCUUGGCUACGAUAGCACUGAAAUUAGAGAAGUCAUGUCGACGGAUUUUUCGCAAUAUUAUGGUACUGCUCUUGAAUGA